AUGCCUUUCUUUCGGCCUUUUUUUCAAACAAAGCAUCGGGCUGCAUCCACUCCUCCUGCCACUCGUCAUACUUGGCAUGGGCUACGUCGCUCAAAGUCCGCUACUCUUCCCUCGCCAGAACCAACCGUCACCAGCGGAGGGACACGAGCACAGUUGGGAGAAGAUGGCACCAACGAUGCGGCUGGCUACGAAACAGAUGAACAGCUAGGGGAUUCCAUUCAUCCGCCGCUGGAGAGGCAGACACUCAGCAUAAUAGCACGCCAUAAUGACGAUAGCACGGAUCGUUCGCGAUCUGGCAGACUGAAGCACAUUAUGAACUGGCUGCACCUGACCAGAUCCCCAGAAAGCUCGUCCUCCGAGUCGGCUCGGCAUACGACACCAGAAGAUACUGCCGGUGACCCCACGACAACUGGUCCAGCCAAGAAAGACAUCCCUCCGGUACAUGCAACUACCGUUGAAGUUGAGCUUGAGAUCACGGAGCCUGCCCAAGCACAGCGAGUUAUUAGCUCUCAGACGGUACUUUCUCAAGACUCGAUUCAAUCCACUACCACCGUCAACCGGCGCCCAUCCCAGCACAUUCCCGUGCCUAUCAGCAAACCGCAAGAAGACGAGUAUUGGACAGGCUUUUUGGACGACAACAAAGGCAAAAGCCAUGUUCCCGAACCCUCGGAUCCCUUCUCUGACGGGAAGAACGUCGAAUCCCGGCAUCAGGCUGAGGGAUCGGCCCGGCAGAGUGUAGAUCGCAGCAAGAGACAAUCCAUGGCGUCUGUCCAUUCACCCGUCGAAGGCGAAAGACAGCCCUCUUCAAAACGCGACAGCAUUCAACCUGCUCCUCUUCCCAAUGCCAGCAGAAUUAGCUCUGUUAGCAGUUAUGCGAGUCGAGGCAGCAGUAGACUGGGCCGUGUUGACCAAUCCAAGGCGGCGGUGGAAUUCGAUAGGCUUGCUGCUCAGCUGCAAUUGCCCAUUACCAUCCAGGGCGAUGAAGGUGAUACUGCUGUUACUACUGAAACGGACCAGAGACCUACCGAGGAAACUCAACGUCGGAUUCGAUUCGGUCGUAUGCGCCAGACUAAAUCCAAUCUGACCUUGGCAGAAGCACCUCAAUUGACUUCCAAGAAGCUGCGACGGACCAAAACCUUUGCAGGUCUUGGUCGUCGACCGAGUCCGAUGAGCUCUUUACGAGGCAAGACUGUUGAAUUUAUCGCGCGGGUUGGAGGACACAGCUAUCUGAUUCUGCCAUUGGACUUGGCACCUGCACCCUUACAGCUUCCGGCAUGCAUUGUGGCGAUGGUGAUAUACUUGCAGCGAUCUGGCGACAUGAAAGCCGCGACAAGCCUGUACAAUCACUUUGCGAAUCAAGUAUUAUUUGCCGAACGAGAUGCUCACAAGAUCGCGAUGACAACGCGGGUAGUCACAAUCCCACACACCCAGAGUGACCCCAAUACGAUCGUGCUCAGCGUUGGGUGGGUAUUCAAAGAGAUCCUGGCGGGGCUACCCACUGGCAUUCUGGGAUCUGUUCGCCUUUUUCAAGUCCUGUAUUCCAUCUACCUAGCUAGCCGUGCGCAUCCAGAGUGUAUGCGACUGAUCACCUUGGCGAUCAUGGCAUUGACGGGCGAGAUGCAAUGUGCGCUGAUCUGCGCCGUGUUUGGGCUAUUCACCAGCCUGCUGCCGAAGACGGAUCAUGUGGAGGAAGAACCAAGUGAUCCUCAUCCCGGGACUUGGGUCCGGCCGGUGGCAAGACAGAACCGAGUCGAUGGACUGGCGCGGGUGUUUGGACCGAUGCUAAUCGGCAAGGCGGAUCGUGAUCGUGCAGCGCAUGGCUUGGUGGAACAAGAAGUUCAGGAGCAACGGGUUGUGGGGCUGUUACUGGAUCAUUGGCGCAAUAUUAGUCGCCAACUGCGGGAGUUUACAAAGGAAUCACGGAAGCGAGAGUAG